AUGUCAUCCUCUGUUCACUUCAAGUUCAAGUCUCAAAAAGAGCCCUCACGGGUGACUUUUGAUGGCACCGGUAUCUCUGUCUUUGAAUUGAAGCGAGAAAUUAUCACUCAGAGUAGACUCGGUGAUGGGACUGAUUUUGAACUUUCAAUCUAUAAUGAAGAUACCGGAGAAGAAUAUGACGAUGACACGACCAUCAUACCUCGCUCGACAUCAGUUGUUGCUCGACGAUUACCCGCAGCGCGACCUGGAAAGGGUGGUGCUGCGCGCUACGUAUCUGGCAAAAUGCCGGUCAAUGCGCGCAAUGCCUCUCGAAGCGAACCAGCUUUCUCAGGUCGACCAACUCCGAACGCCAGCAGUUCCGUUAGCAAUGGUGUUUUGGAAUUGAACAAUGCCCAGACCGAAGAGGAGAAAAUCAAUGCCCUUUUCAAUUUGCAGGCAAACCAAUGGAAGGAACAACAGCAAGAAAUGGCAAAUGCGAUGCCUGUCCCGUUUGGCCGGGGAAGAGGCAAACCGAUCAACGUUCCAGAUCACCCACCGCCUCCUGGGUACCUGUGUUACCGCUGCCGUGAGAAAGGUCAUUGGAUCCAAGCGUGUCCAACAAACAACGAUCCAAAGUUUGACGGCAAGUACCGCGUCAAAAGAUCCACUGGUAUCCCCCGCUCGCUCCAAACGAAGGUCGAGAAACCAGAGUCCCUUGUGCUGGACGGCUCUACUGAAGACUUGCGGAACACUGGGGUGAUGGUCAAUGCGGAUGGGGACUUCGUCAUUGCCAAGCCCGACAAAGCAGCUUGGGAACUGUACCAAGAAAAAGCCAAAGCUUCGGCGGCGGCGGCAGCUGAAGCGGCGGCAGCAGAGACCAGCAAAGAAUUGCAAGCUCGUGGUUUGGAAUGCCCCAUUGAUAAGCGCAUGUUCCUAGAACCCACCAAAACACCUUGCUGCCAGCGAACCUACUGCAAUGAUUGUAUCACGAACGCGUUGAUCGAAAGUGACUUUGUCUGUCCUGGUUGUGGAACGGAAGGUGUUCUGCUUGACAAUCUUGCUGUCGAUGAAGACGCCAUUGCCAAGAUCAAAUCCUACGAAGCAGAGAAGGCAGACCAGAAGAGGGAAAAGGAAAAGCAGUCGACAGCCCCGGAGGAUCAGACCGACAGCAAACAACCAGUGUCGACUGCCGAGUCCAACGUACAAUCACCGCCGGUACCAUCGGAUGAUGGCAAGGGCGACGACGACCAUCAGUCGAAGAAAAGACCUGCUGAAGAUGAAAGUAACGAUGAACCUUCAGAAGCGUCAACCCAAGGUGCUCCAAAGAAGCAAAAACCGGACGAUCAACCGUCGGAGACGAAUACAUCAACCCCACCGGCUGGCGAGUCUUCCGCCAACCCUCAAUCCGCGCCAUUUCCACAACAAAUGCCCUUUGGCGGCAUGAAUUUCAUGCCUACGCAAGGAAUGCCGCCUAUGCCAUUCUCAGGACCAAAUUUCAUGGGCGAUGGAAUGGGGUUCAUGAACCCCAUGGGCUUCCCCAAUGGCAUGGACCCCACGUGGUCCCAGAUGAAUCCCAUGAAUUUCAAUCCGCUUCAAAACGGGAUGUACAAUAAUGGAUACGGCUCACAGAACAUGUUCUCUGGAGAUCCGUCAAUGAACAUGUUUCCUAUGGGACAGAUGGCAGGUCAAAUGCAAAACCCUGCAUUUCCUCAAGGACCAGGGAUGGGAAACUUUUCCAAUCAACAACGGACGACCUUCAGCACGCCAUUUGCGAGGGAGGAAGACACUGCUUACUUUCGGCAGCCCGUCAACCCGCAGCGUCAUCAGGCGAGACACCGGAGGAUAAGACCGAGUGAUUAUCGCGAACUUUGA